CUUUCUCCAAGUGUUUUACAUGCUUUGAUAUCACUUCGCAAUGUCUCUCCUCUCAGCACUAGCUUCCUGGUACACCUGGGCUGGCCUCGUCGCCAUCCCUUUGGUCAUCCUUCUCAGUGAUAUCUGGACAUGGUACCGCAUGCCACCAGGACCAUUGCCUCUCCCAUUUGUCGGCAACAAAUUUCCCAGCUCAAAGCCAUGGAUCCAAUUCCAAGAAUGGUCCAAGAUAUACGGCCCAAUCUUCACCGUCUGGGUUGGAAGAAGGCCUACGCUGGUUAUAUCGGACCCGCAAAUCGCUGUUGACCUGAUGGAGAAGCGGAGCAAUAAAUAUUCUUCGAGACCAAGAUUCGUGGUCAUGGGAGAGAUCUAUGGAGGAGGGUCGGUGCUUGUACAGCCGUAUGGAAAAGAGUGGUCCGUGAGAAGGAAGCUGCUGCACCGUGCUAUGACUCCAGCAGCUCUCCGGACAUACAAAGCUCGGCAAGAAGCAGAAUCCACUCGACUGGCAUUCCGUAUCAUGCGGAACCCAGACAACUGGGAACGUGAGUUUGACCGAUUCACGGCCAGUGUAGUGUUCUCGAUAUCGUACGGCCAUCGGAUCGAUUCUGUCGAUUCUCCAAUUAUUCGGGAGCGACUUGAGUUCAUGCAUUUUAUGGCUUCCUUGAACGUUCCUGGUGCCUACAAGGCGGAAUCGUUCCCAAUUCUCAAAUAUAUACCCCCGUUCUUGGCCCCUUGGAAGAGGAAUAUCGAGGCACAUUCCAACUUGGAGGCUCAAUCGAACAUUGCGCUUGUUGAGGGAGUGAAAAGAGAUAUUUUGGUUGCAAAAGAGAAAGGCCUUGAAGCUGCUCCUUCUCUAACACAGACACUGCUCGCUGUUCGCGAAGAGGAGCACAUCCCACUCCCAGAAAAGGAUUUCUGCAAUGUGCCAUCUUCCUUAUUCGGUGCUGGAUCAGAUACAACUGCAUCAACACUGUGCUCCGCCAUCCUAGCCCUCGUCACACACCCCGAAGCUCUGGUCGUCGCUCACGCUGAGAUGGAGUCCGUAAUUGGCAUCAGCCGAACGCCAACUUUCGACGAUGAAGCAAACCUCCCCUACAUCCGCGCUCUUGCAAAAGAGGUUCUCCGAUGGCGUCCCGUAGCCGUGCUGGGAGGAACUCCUCAUGCCUCGACAGAAGACGAUAACUAUGAAGGCUGGUUGAUCCCACGGGGUACCACGAUUCUUGGGAAUUCUUGGGCCAUAAACCUCAACGACGAAUACUAUCCCAAGCCUGACCUCUUCAACCCAGCUCGAUUUCUCGAUGAAAAAGACCCAAGGUAUGUUCCCGAAUUAAAGGGACAGAAGACUCAUCCGGCAAAAGCGGGACACUCGUCUUUUGGCUGGGGCAGGAGGAUCUGUCCUGGUGCUGAUCUUGCGGCCAAUUCACUUUUUAUCGCAUUGGCGAAGCUCAUUUGGUCUUUUGAUAUUCAGGCUACGAGGACAUAUGAUACUCUUGACUACACAGAUGGCUUCAACAUCCGCCCAAAACCUUUCAAGUGCUCGAUUCGGAUCAGGAGUGAAGAGCACAAGAGGACUCUCGAGAAAGAGAAGCUUGAAGCUGACAAAGAGAUGGAGAAAUUCCCAGCCUAUGUUUAAACAGCCAUGCUUGUCUGGGAAGGAAUCUCCUCCCAUAAUUGGAAGAAAUGCCAUGUGAUAACUGUUGUACAUAAAGUAAUAUUUUGAAGUCAUGUCAGGUGUUACGAUCACAAUUCAG